AUGGGAUGCGGAGAAAGCAGGAACGGCGAAGAGUGGAAUCAACGUAUAAUUGAUAAUUUGCAUGAAAUCAGCAGGCUACUUCAUGCCCUGAAGCCUCAAUCGAAAUCCUUAUACGAGAUGUAUUUUAAAAUUCAGUCAUCGAUUGAACAAGAAUUGCUCACUAACAAAGAUCUCGAAUGCGAAAAAGAUGAAGUCCUCAAAAAAACAAUCAUAUACAUUAAGAUGGAAAUUAUCCUCUUGGAGCAACAGUUCAGACUUUAUGGGCACAGAGAUCUGAGUCAAGAAUCAAGUGCAGGCCCAUGAGAUGUGUAUCCAGGCAGGGCUGUUUCCUGCGGUUGGAUUUGAGGUGCCCGGCAACAUCCUUUGGAUUCAAGGACCCAUGUGUAUUCUUCUACUGAGAGAAACUGGGAGUUUCGACCCAGGCCAAAAGGGGUAGUCUUUUUUCUGUAGCUGUCAAAGGAAGGCACUUCAACACCUGGCAGACUCAAAGGAGUUGAUCCUCGAAAUCAAGAUACUCCAUUGCCCAUAGCAGGGCCAUAGAAAUCCAUAAGCACUCAAGACUGAAGUCACAAGGCAAGGAGGAGACAGAAGGUACAGAAGUGGUAUCCAUCUUCGGGGAAAAGCCCUCUGAGCUGGAGUCGAAAAGGGUUAACCUUGGUACGGAAGGUCUUUAAUGACUGCCACCAAUAUAGCUAAGGCCUGACUUUAAAUAACCCAACCAUUAAACCCAAAAAAAAAACAAUCAAGCUUAUGGAAGAAAAUGAACAACUCAGUGACUUGAUAAACACUCUCAAAGCUGAAAAUAGCCAGGAAUCUUCUGAAGGCGCUCUAGAGAUGGAGGAGCUAAAUCUUGAGCUCCAGAACACCAAGAAAGAAAAGCAAUUCUAUGAAUCCACCGAAGAAGAAAUCGUCCUUAGCAACGUUUUCACGAUUUCUAGAGGAAAAGUAAACACACUUUUAUUAAGAGCUUUUCUUAUCUGGAAAACCUCAUCCCCUAAAUCUGAAUUUGUCAGAAGAAAGCGAAGACAAAAAACAGUUCUCAUCGUUAAAAAACUCAAAGCAUUUGAAGACCAAAAUCUAUUAGACAUUAACGAGCUGCUGAAGAAAUCCCAGGAAAGAGAAUUUAAAAAUGCAAAACCAUUAGAUCUUGGAUACACUUUCAAAUUUCUUGAGAAAUUGAUGGAUGACAAAUUUGAUGAAGACUUAAAAAUGAUUGAGGAAGGGAAAAUACCAAGAGAGCUUUCUGAUUAUUUAAUAGAGCAAAUCUUCGCAAGAUAUGAGAACGAAGAGCUUGCUUAUAAAUUUUUAAAUGAGCUAGUGGCAUCGUUGCAUAGCUUGUUUAAAAUGAAUCAAACAUAUGGAAUCCUCUUUUGUAGGCUCUUUAAUCUCUUUCAUGCGCAGCCUAUUCCUUACCGCUUACUCCCCCCCUCCGUGAGUGAACAAAACCAUUAGAAAAAUCGAUAUUUUUUGCCCAAGAACCCACCCUCCUUGAGUGAACAAAAAUUUUUCUAAUAGAAAAAAUUUUUUAUGGAAAAAAAAAUUUGAUAUAUAAGUGAUAAUUAUUAUAAUGAAAUCUAGAACUGAUUCUGUUUAAUUUUAAACGAAUUGUUUUUUUUAAAAUAUAAUUUUAUAAAUUGAAUUAAUAUUUGCUUUCAAAUAUUUGCGAAUUAGGAUUUUUUUAAAUUUCGAAAAAAAAAUUAAACCCCUCCGUGAGUGAACAAAAUUUUUUUGUUCACUCACGGAGGGGGGAGUUAGUAAUUUAUAUUACCCAAGCCCGAAUGUAUUUUCAGCAAUUAAAGCAGCUCAAGCCAGUAGCUGACACUCCUGGAUCAAUUGUUAAAGGGUUUCUUGAAGAUUCCUAUGGAGGUGAGUCUCUUCUUUCAGAUGUCAUAAUGCUUAUUGAACUGCUGUUCAAAGAAGACCCAGCUACUGGAGCUAAAGUGCUAGAAAAAUGCAGGCCAACUAGUGUUGGAAUGGGAGAGUACUGCUUAUAUAUAGUCUGCAAUAAAUUUUUUUCAGAAAAUAUUGACGUUGACGAGUGAAUAGAAAGUUUGGGAGCUGGGGAAACAGUACUUUAUACAGUAAUAGCAAGAAAACUAUUGAAAACUGAAGUAUGGGUAACUGAAGAAAUGAUACAUCAAAUGCUAUUGGGAAUAUUAAACAAUAAAGCUGCAUCUAAAUCAGACUUACGUAGCUUAUUAGCCAUAGAAAGAUAUAUUGAUGGGUACACGCAUCAAAAAUAUCUUAUAAAUAAAGCAAGCUUCAUGAACGCAAUAGUAGUUACUUACUUAAUAUUUACUUGUUUUAACGUCAUUUACGGGUGGCAAUAACCGGGUCUUCCUCUACUUUGUCGCCGCAUAGAGCCUACAAGCUUCCGGUCCGACCUAUCUUGAUCACCAGUAUGCGCCUCUGGGUAGUUUUGCCGACUAAGACGGGAACGCAAUAGUUACAGUAUACGAUGAGCUAUGGACUGAAGAAGGUGUUCGUCUCUAUAUGGAGUUUGUAACUGCAGACGAAGAAAACGGGCUUCUAACGGAGCGAAUGUUUGUGGAAAAAUGUUUUGAGCUCGAAUUAUCAAUUCCUCAUUAUGAGCUCGAAAAUUUAUAUAGAGAAGUGGCGACUGAGGAAGGGAUUACUGGUGAGGCAGCUUAUAAGCAAGUGCUUAAGCGCCUCCAAUAUGGAGCUUUCAAUAUUUUCAAUAUGCCUAGCUUCGAAAAUUUUAGUUUCCGUACAAAAGAAAGAAAAACACUUAUAGGAGAACAGCGGCCAUCAAUAUCUUCUUUAUCAUUUCCAAUAUCUCGGCUUACAAUUUAA